ACUGCCCCAAACUAUCGUGCACCCACCCGCCAGCCAGCCAACCAACCAACCAAGUUAGACGUCUUCCCACUCAACAGUAGCUAGCUUCAUUCGCUGUCUAUCUUUUUUGAGUUCUUUUUCUGGGUCAUUUUUUCCUUUCAACUUCUCGCAGGUAUCAUGGGUGUCAUCACUUACGAUCACGAGGUCACCUCCUCAGUCCCACCAGCAAAGCUCUUCAAGGCUUUCAUCCUUGAUUUUGACAACCUCAUCCCCAAGAUCUUGCCUCAGGCCAUCAAGAGCGUCGAAACCCUCCAAGGUGAUGGCGGAGCUGGAACCGUCAAGCUCACCCAUUUUGGUGAAGGCAGCCAAUACAAGAGCAUGAAGCACCGCGUUGAUGAGCUCGACAAGGAGAAUUUCGCGUUCAAAUACACCGUGUUCGAGGGCGAUGUUUUGGGGGAUGUGAUUGAGAAAACCUCUUACGAGGUUAAAAUCGAAGCCUCUGCUGACGGUGGAUCCAUUACCAAGAGCAAGAGCACCUACUACACCAAGGAUGAUGCCAAGAUCACCGAAGAGGAUAUCAAGUCUGGCAAAGACAAGUCCGCUGGAGUCUUCAAGGCUAUUGAGGCUCACCUCGCUGCCAACCCUGAUGCCUACUAAUCAGUUCCACUCUUGGGAACUCGAUCGGUCUUGCCCCUUGGGAACAGAUUUUCUAACGCUAUUGGGCGCUGCUACAACUUACAAGUUGAGUCACCUUUGGGUCGGGACCCGAUAAGCUCAGGCUAGUUUAGUCAUCAGCCACGUUUUGAGGCACCUGGUAAGAGGUCUCAUCAGCUUUGAUUGGUUGAAUCCAAGCCAACUAUGAAGGACACUGAUCUAAUUGAGUUGGCAUUUGAAUGGGUCAACUUUUGCACUGAUUGGAGACUGGAUGGCAAUUAGACUAGGACUCUUUGCUUUCUUUAAAGUCCAGAAAAUUAACGUUCUGGAUUACAUGUAUGUAAACAAUCAAGCUAGUGAUAGCGAAACUUGAUCUUGCAAGAAACUGCUAGUUUUCAAGAAUCACAAUUGUGUAAAUAGUUUGUGCCAAAAUCGUCAACAAAAGCACGUUGUGUGAACGCUAGAUGCAUUUG